CGAACAACUUUCAGCCUGUCAGUUGAGUGAAAAUUCUCAAACAACAUUCGCCCAUCAAUUCGAAGACCGACUUUUAGUUUUCCAAGGUUCUAUAUCAAGAAUGGCUAAAGCGCUCCUACUUUUGCUGGUGGUAUACAGUGCUUUACUGAACUCAUGCCAGGCUUGGGUCGAUGUGAAAGACAGGAUCAAAGGUAGGGUGAUUCAUCUAGAGACCCUGCUUAAGCGAGGACGAUGGCUAAGGCAGAUCGACAACAAAGAUUCUGACGGUUCUAGAUACCUUUUCAUUGACCCGCUCGCCGAGAGGGACACAUACUACGAACCACGGGUACAAUUCGAGGUAACUGCGUGUGACAACUAUCUCUGCCUGGAAGCCUUGUCGCUUCGGGACUAUUUCCUGGCCGCUGGUUAUCCCCCCGAUCAUGAUAAACACACCGUCAAGCUACAGUACUCAACAUACCCUGCUGGAGAUACCCGCUUCUUUUGGACGUUUCUUUGUGAAGAUCUUACAAUGGAAAGGUGCAAGGUUGUCCCAAAGCGAUUUGAAAACGAUGGGUGGCUGAUGGUGGCUGACAAUAAAGGGAAUCCUGAUGGAGAGCAUUACGAUGCUACAUGUGGCAAGGAGCAGAGUAACGCUUACUUCAGAAUCCAUGCACCAAACCCCACAGAUGGAUACAAUGAGAUCUUCAGAAGCACAAACACCGGGACGACGGAGCAGAAAGCCAAUUAUAUGGUGACUACAGGCGUCACCCAGACCGAGGAAACAUCCUCGUCUGUUACCUCGACUGUGUCUACUGAAAUAGGUGGUGCCUUCAGGGCUUUUUCCGCAAGUGUGUCGUCUUCCAUCUCAUCAUCUUGGUCGACCACACAAUCUUCAACUUUCUCGGCGUCUAAGUCAGUCAAGCACGUCCUCACCAUCCCUCCCCGCACGACUAUCAUUCUCACCCAGCUGAUUGGUAAUUACGCGAAAGAGUUUGAAGUCGGCGAGGACAAGUACACUAUUGAAGAGAUACCGCUGGACAGUGGCGCUACACGCAAACGCAAGAUGCCCAGUCCUCCCGGUCAACCUCUCGAAGAAAAGUCUGAGCUUUGAGUGAGAAUAAACAUACAGUGGAACCCCGAUAGCCUCGAGUUAUCCGAGUCAUCUCUAUUCGGAUAACUAUUACCUCCCGCCAGCUCGUACUAUGUUUAAUCUCCCCUGAUACUGUUUCUUGUUUUAUCUCUGUUACUCGAUACUCCCUACUAACUCGAGCAUGUGUUUCUUUAGGGCUUGAGUUAAGGGGGAUCCAAAGACGUGGCGGGAAAACGCACUCUUUCAUCUCUCCCUUAUCCAAGCCCCUUGCGCUUACUAGGCAUGCUACAAGCUCAUUCACUUAGCCUAUAAAGCUUUGAGCCCUGAAUAAGAAUAGCUUUGAAGUACAGUUUGAGCAGGUUACUGCAUCUUUGUCAUGCUAGUUUUACUAAUGCCACACAAUGGUGUUGUAAAUGAACAAGUUCUCGUCUUCAAAUCAAUAAACCUGUUGUUGUACCCAAA